GGAGUGUGCAUGUUCUCCCCGUGUUUGGUGGGUUUCCUCCGGGUACUUCGGUUCCCUUCCACAGAAAUAGUGAUAUUGGGAUAGGCUCCGUUAUAUAGGCUAUGAGACGAUGAGAGACAUUAAAGCUGAUCAGCUUAUUUUUAGCAGAUUUUCACGGCAGACUAUUUCUAAAAACUCUUUUCCCGUCAACGAUGGGUACUUCAGGUAGUCAAGAAUAACUCAUGACUUGCAUAUGCAAAGCGCUGUUUUUAGAGCAGCUACAUUUCCAUAAACUGUUUUUUUUUCCUCUUAAAACACCGACAGCGUGUUCAUUUCAAAACGUAAAAAAAAAAAAUCCAUACCAGCCCAAAGCAUUGCACAGCUAAUCAGUUAAAUGCACGGAAAUGUCAAAAAGCCAGGAACCCCCUUGAGCGCUGUACUGGUAGGAAAUCCCCUCCGGAAGGGGCCCCGUUUUUGCUAGCAUGCUUGUAAAUUACUUUAAAUCACUAUGCAUGUGGUGCUGUCAAAAAGAAGAGAACUCAGUGAUGAAUUGUCAGAAACAUAAAAGAAGAAAGAGGAACAAACAGAGGAGGAAGACGCGAAGGAGGACACUGGAAAGUGGUGGAGAUGAAUAAAUUAGUGGAUGAGUAACAGGUUCAUUGUUGGCAGGCAAGCAGGCUACACUGGUGUGAACCUCAUUGGAGAGGACCCAGAUAUCAGAUAUCGAGGAGUCCGUUAGCAACGUGAGGAUGAUGUUUAGGCCCUGAUCCGGAGCAGUAUGUCAGUGUUCAAUGUGACCACCACCUGCAGCAAACCGAAGGGCAACAUCAAUGCGAUAAAAGAAUUCCUCCCAGGGUACAUACCAAGUUACCUGGACAAGGACGAACUUUGUGUAGUGUGUGGAGACAAGGCGACAGGAUACCAUUACCGGUGUAUCACCUGUGAGGGCUGCAAGGGUUUCUUCAGGCGUACGAUCCAGAAGAACCUGAACCCGACCUAUGCAUGUAAAUACGAGGGGAAAUGUGUAAUCGACAAAGUCACGCGGAACCAGUGCCAGGAAUGCCGCUUCAAGAAAUGCAUUGCUGUUGGAAUGGCGACCGACUUGGUGCUGGAUGACAGCAAGCGUAUGGCCAAACGUAAGCUGAUCGAGGAGAACCGUGAGCGCCGGAAGCGUGAGGAGAUGCAGAAGAUGGUGUGGGAGCGACCUGAGCCAUCGCAGGAGGAAUGGGAGCUGAUUCGGAUCGUCACUGAGGCCCACAUGUCCACCAACGCCCAGGGCAACCACUGGAAACAGAAGCGCAAAUUCCUGAGUGCAGUGGGGGUGAAGGAAACCAAGGCUGAAGACAUAGGUCAGGGGACGAUCGUCAGCACGCCGGAGGGCAGUAAGGUGGACAUCGAAGCGUUCAGUCAGUUUACAAAAAUCAUCACCCCGGCCAUCACUCGAGUGGUGGACUUCGCCAAAAAGCUGCCUAUGUUCUGUGAGCUGCCUUGUGAAGAUCAGAUCAUCCUGCUGAAAGGCUGCUGUAUGGAAAUCAUGUCUCUGCGCGCAGCCGUGCGCUAUGACGCCGAGAGCGAGACGCUCACGCUCAAUGGCGAGAUGGCAGUGACGCGUGGCCAGCUAAAGAACGGCGGCCUGGGUGUGGUCUCGGAUGCCAUCUUCGACCUUGGGGUUUCUCUUUCCUCCUUCAACCUAGACGACUCGGAGGUGGCGCUGCUACAAGCUGUUAUCCUGCUCUCUUCAGAUCGUCCGGGACUGACGAGCGUGGACCGGAUCGAGCGCUACCAGGAGGAGUUCCUGCUGGCCUUCGAGCACUACGUCAACUAUCGCAAGCACAAGGUGGCGCACUUCUGGCCCAAGCUGCUGAUGAAGGUGACAGACCUGCGCAUGAUCGGCGCGUGCCACGCCAGCCGCUUCCUGCACAUGAAGGUGGAGUGUCCCACCGAGCUGUUUCCUCCGCUCUUUCUCGAGGUGUUUGAGGACUGACCAAACCCGCCCAUCAUCAUGUGACCCUGCCCCACUCGCACCCACAGACACAAACACACAACGGUGGCGCUUAUCCACACCCAUCCCUCUUCGGACACGUUCAAUGAACUCCGUUCUCUCACUACUGAGUGCCGUUGCAUUCCACAGAUCGAUAAAAAAAAAAAAAAAAAAAAAACAGAAAAAAACAAAACGUAGCUCCCGGCCAUCAUUUCUAGACGGACCAUUUCUUUUACGAUGCGGGUACAUGUGAAUAGCGUUUUUUUUCUUUUCUUUCUUUAUUUCUUUCUCUCUCUCGCUCUCUGUCUUGUACAUUGUUGUUCUCAGUUACUCGAGGUGUAUUUUUGUUGUACAGUUUGGUGAAUGAGUAUAUCUACUAGUCGCUGGCGUUGGCUCAUCACGCACUCGGUUGUGUGAUCUAUGCAUUUGUAUCAUGCAACAUUCCACACCUAGUAGAAAUCAGAUCUGUAUCCCAUUUGGGGAAAGAUGUAAAAAAAAAAAAAAAAAAAGCUACACGCAAGAUGAACUUCUGCUCAUCUUGUGCAAAGUUUUCACACUAUCUACAUGAACUCGAAUCCCGAUAAUUAUUUGAGAAAAGAUUUUCCUUCACUCACAGGUUUACACACGCAACGAGGAGUUCUCGGAACACAGAAAAGAUGGAACGGUAAAAGCAAAAGAACGUAAUUUCAGAUCAAAGCACGCAUGAGCCUAUCCAGACGCCAAAAUCAGCUUUCAAUGAAGUUUGCCACUGUUCCGUUGCCAAAACUAAUGAGGAUUACGACAAGAGUGUUCAUGAAGGCGUGUUUUUCUCCACAAACCCACCCCCGACUACAUUACCCAUCCGACUUCAGAUCCUACCCUCUGCCGGACCGUCUGUGACUGUCUCUCUUACCUCGUAGGAACUCUUAUCCGUUUUAUAUAUUUUCACAAGUUAGACAAAAGGUGAUGCCUCCGCUCAGACUUGUUGGUGCUAUGAGUUUGUCUAUUUAUACCUCUUUUCAGUCAGCCUCAGAAUUUGGAUGAAUCAUACACAUACACACAUAUAUAUAUAUAUAUAUAUACACACACACACACACACACACACACACACACACAGAGCAGUAAGACCCACACUGCUUCCUAACACAACGUGACCUCUGAGGUAUAGAGGAUAUGUCAAGGAGACACUUUGUUUGUCUAUUUUUUGUUGUUGUUGUUCUUGUGUUCUUUUUUUCUUUCCUACGUGACAUCAUCCUCUGACGUCAUCCUCUGAUAACAUAUUGUACUGCGAAACUUUUUUUCACAUCACAUACCUCUACCGUUCAUUAGGAAAUAAUGAUAACUGGUCAUUUUGUAUAAAAGAAAACGGAAAAAAAAAAAAAAAAAAAAAAAUCAACCGCAACAAUGCCUCAAGCUUGAUUUUCUCUGUAAAAAAAAAAAAAAAAGUGAUGCCUUUCGUAAGCAAUAUAUUUGCUCCAGUGUUUCGGCUUAUUUAUGACUACACACACAUUUACACAAACACACACACACACAGGUAUGUGCACACAAAGCACAGACUCAGAGGAAAUGCACAGACAAUCAGAAUGCGAGGUGAGGGACAGAGAGAGAGAGAGAGAAAAUGGUGCAACAGAGAUGUUUAGCAUUCAGUCAGAAAAACCUAGCGCUGCUAACAGUGAGUGCGCUCGCAUAGCCACCUGCUAGCAUUGUGCAAACCACAGCAUGCUAAUAGGUUACGAGCGUUCACAGUUGGCCAUGAUUGUAUGAAAGCAUUCAUCACCCUGCAAAAAAAUGUUCCCUUUUUUUUUUUUUUUUUUUAUAGAGACCUUUAUGGAGUCUUUAUAGAACGCAGAAACUUAAUGCGACAUGCACGCACGUUCUGUAGAAUUUUUACUCCGUUCUAUAGACCUCUAUAAACCUCCAAUACAAUUCCAUAAAACGUCUGCUUUCGAGGUGGAUGUUACAUGGCUGAGUCAAAAAUGAUCCGCACUCCGUUUAGAUUAGGACUUUCACCGUCUUUACGAAAAUAGACGCCCCACUUGUGAGGCGGAAAGAAGAGCAAAGUAUCAAAGAAUGCAUUCGCAGUAUGGAGAAAGUGUUUUUCGCAAAGAAGCGUGUAUAAAAAUGAGUAGAGCAGUUCAAGGAAGGAACCGGACACCUGUUCGUCUCACACUGUCGACAUUUUCAAAACCUUUGACCUGAUCUCGCUCCACACCUUCACCCCAAACAUUUUUACUUUAAUAUUUACGAAUGCUUGUUGAUAGAUGGACAAAAGUGUAUUUAAAAGCAUGUCAAAAAUCAUGUAUUUGUCUUUACUAAAAGUUAAUUAAAAUUAAUUCUACAGCCA